AUGGAGCACAAAACUACUAGAAAGAAGCAAGCGAGACGAGGAAAGGAGUGUGCGGCCUCUGAAUGUACGAAUACAGAAUAUUUACGCACUGGAAAAUCGUCUGGCUUGCGAUUUUUUCACUUCCCGAAAAAGCGUUCAUUAAUACAGCGAUGGUGCAACCUUAUCAAGAGACACAACGGUCGAGAUGGGUUCGUAGUUACUUCAAAUACUGUUAUUUGCGAACAGCAUUUUCCUGCUAGUGACAUCUUCAAACGUCCAGGAGGAAGUAGAAGUAGAUUACGUGAUGGUAAGAGUUUAUAUAAGUUGAUUCAGCUAAGUUGUAGCUGCUUUACGUAAACGAGUCCAUUCUCAAAUUAUAAACACAAUGAACUGAUAAAAUAUAUUCAUUUCAGGAGCUGAACCAUCGAUAUUUCGGUGGACGUCUGGUAUCUGUAAACAGAAAAGAGCGUCACCAAAACUACAAAUCCCAAUGUCAGUCAAUUCGACAGACACCACAACUUCAAAAGUGACAACAACCGAACCAACAACCACCACAACUUCAAAAGGGACAACAACCGAACCAACAACCACCACAUCAACAUGUAAUACGACUGUAAAUAUGGGCUACGAAACCUUUCAGAAUUCGAAUGAACCGGAGGACCAGGAAGUGUUUCAUGUUGAAGCAAUUCAUUCAGAAUGCUUGCCUUCACUUAUGGUAACAUAAACCAUAAUUAAUUAACCAUAGUUAAUUAUGCAUAAACCUUAGAAAGUUGUCCUAAAAUAACCAUAAAGCUUGCAUCUUUGUGCUGCAAUGUUCUUUAAUGUACAUGGCAAACAACCUACGUUAUCACAUGAAAAAGCUAGUUUGUGUAAAUAGGUUGAAACCAGUUUAA